ACCCUUCGGACAGCCAUCAAAGACUGGGCUCGUUGUAACACUCGUUCUCUCCGCCGCUGCCGUCUUGGUCUCUAUCUUGGAGCUUUCGACGAGGUGUCCUUGGGAUAACCACGUUCCCUCCUCCCAUCAUCUGCCUACUCGUACUUCUGUACUCUACCCCCCCGUCGUCAUUACCCCACAUGCUCGAUUCCGGGGCAUACUACGAAGACGACGACGCACUUCUAAAAUCUCCUGGCCUCCAGCCCGUGGUUGUCAAAGCAAAGCCAAGCCCUUCUCCGCCGCCCAUCAUCACCCACAUUUUCCAACCACCCCCGAGGAUCCAAAGCACUCGGCCCACCCAAGGAGACUGUGUCCUCAUCCGUGAGAUGGCUCCGAACCGACCGGACAUUGCGCAGCAAGUGAGUGAGCAAGCACUCAACUCGGAUUCAGAGUCAGAGGUAGACGACGACCCCAUGGACGACGAGUCGCCAGACACGGCUCCUUCAGCGCCCAACCUGCCGACAGCGAGACCCCCGCACAGAGAUUCAGUAAUGGAAGCAGACGACCUCAUGUCCACAAGUCUUGCGGUAGAUAGGCGCCCCUCACACCCGUCGUCACUGGCCAUAGUACCCAACCAUGCACGCCUACCUACACACGGCACGCCUUCGACGACGCCCGCCGCUUCCACACUGUCGGCCACGUCACCAGACCAGUCAGCCCUGCUACAUGGGGCAGUCACCAAUGGACACCCCCACGACCACUUCUUAGCAACAUCACCCCACCUUCAACAGCUGACAAUAUUGCACUCCAGAGGGCCAACGACAGACACCCUCCCCGCACUACAGACGCAAUCCCCACCACGUGACGGGGCAGCAGGCUCGCCCAUUCAGCAACAGCCACUACCGUCCUUUCGACACCUCGACGAUAUAGCACGCUCGGCAACAAGUGAUCAAGAAGCAAAUCGGGCAAAUGGUGCAUUCCUCCAUCGACAGUCAAUCUCUUCAGUCGGGCAUUCGCCCACCUCAAUCGUACGACAGCUGUCCAUAAGCUCCCACUCUCCAGCCACGCCUUUCCCUCCGCUGAGCGCUUCCUCGCCUGUCAGUGCAAGUAGCGAGCUACAGCGAGGAGACCUCUUUCUAAGAUUAGGAGGCGGAGGCGUCUUUGGUGCUGAUGCGCGGAGACCUUCACAAGCAUCCGAAGGCGGGCCAUAUGCCUCUACUUUACAUUCAGCAUCCACGAGCGAAAGCUAUCAAAGCUCAGAAGGCCCUAGUCCUGGGACAGCACAAACACCCAUAGAGGGCCGCCCGCGGCAUAUGAGCUUAGACGGUGCGCUUGCGUCAAGACUGUUACCCCCACCUAUUGGCUCCGGUAUACAGCAUAUACCUUCGCACGGCUCUGGUGCGUUCAAGUGCGAUUAUCCUAAUUGCAAUGCUGCUCCUUUUCAGACGCAGUAUCUUCUCAACUCGCACGCAAAUGUACAUUCACAGAGUCGACCACACUACUGUCCUGUCAUUGGCUGUCCACGAGCCGAAGGGGGAAAAGGCUUCAAGCGAAAGAACGAGAUGAUCCGGCACGGUCUGGUCCACCAGUCCCCUGGUUACGUUUGCCCGUUCUGUCCAGAUAGAGAACACAAGUACCCAAGGCCUGACAACCUACAAAGGUGCGUCCCAUCCAACAGAUUCCAACUGACUCGAUGCUGAUUUGCAUCUUGUUCAACAGACAUGUACGCGUGCAUCAUGUCGACAAGGAUAAAGAUGACCCGCAACUACGUGACGUCCUUGCGCAGCGUCCAGAAGGUGGCAGUCGUGGACGAAGGAGA